UCUCCAUAUGAGUGAAAUAUUCUCGAGAGGGACGUUAAACGAUAUAAAAUAAAUUAUGUACUACUGUCCACUCCCAUGUGAUCCACCCAUUUUGAUUUUCUUAGUUUAGAAGUUAUCUCCCUCAAACUGUCACAGGGAGUGCGUUCGAGAUUGCCGUUCUUGGUACGAGUACAAAUUCCUGUCGAUCCCAAACGCCGAGUACGAGUUCGAGGUGCAAAAACUCACACCACCUCUGUAAGUAGUGUGGUCGAAGAACAAAGAACACGUUCGUGAGCACAUGUUCUCGUCGUUCGCGACCCUAAGAACAACGGGAACGGCGACCUCGAACGCGUCCGAGGUGAGCCGAAUGAAGAAGUGUGGUCGUUGUCAUGCAGAAGCGUCUUAAUGGCGGAAGAUUAAGUUCGGGAAAAGUUUUUCGAAAAAUGACUUAGAUAAAGCGCAGUUUUGUUUGACAAUAUUCUGAAUCGCUUCACUAUCUACGUGUAUAAGGAUAUGCAUACUAAAUGACUAUUUUAUAAGAAUUAGAGCGCAAAUAUUGCGUUUUUACGUGUACAAGAAGUCAUAGUUUAUUAAGUUAUAAGGCCUGUACUUUUCAUAAUAUUAAAUGACAUUGUGAUUUUGAAAAUCGCUAAAGUUUGCAAAAUGAGUCAUUCCAGCCCAAGAAGAGAACGAAGUAGAUUUAUGAAAAGGCACAUAUCAAAACAUGCUGUGACCAUUGACACUUCAAAAGCCAGGUCGAAUGCUGAUGUUGUUAAAAUGUGCGUGAAAGAGCUAGGAUUGAUUGAGUUCCCUUGUGGUAGAAAAGAUGCUGGCUGUGACAUAUAUUGGCAUGAGUUACAUUUUGAUGACAACCCUUCACCAUCAGGAGGAAAAGUCAAUAAAUUCCCAGGAAUGGAGGAUAUUUGUAGCAAAAUGACCUUAUUUAGAUGUCUGGACACUAUGAGAGAACUAUACCCAACAGAUUAUGACUUCUAUCCCAGAACUUGGUAUCUUCCUGCACAGUUUGAGAAAUUUUCUAGUGAAGUUCAGAAAAUGAAAGAGAAAAGAAAGAAACUGAGACAAACCUUCAUUAUAAAACCAUAUGGUGGAUCUAGUGGUGAGGGCAUUUAUCUUUUGAAAGAACCCAAAGAUUACAUUUCUGCAUACCCUUCCAAGAGAGGCAUGUGUCAUGUAGCCCAAGAAUAUAUGGCAAAUGUUUAUCUCAUUGAUGAUUUCAAGUUUGACUUCAGGAUUUAUGUUGUGCUGAAAAGUUUGGAACCUUUAGAGUUCUACAUCUGCAAAGAGGGCCUGGCACGAUUUUCCACUGUGCCAUACCAGAGCCCAACUAAGAAAAACAUGCAUGAGACUUUCAUGCAUUUGACUAACUAUUCUUUGAACAAGAGAAGCAAAACCUUCAGUCAUUCUGAAGAAGUGGAUGAAGGUAGUAAGAGGACAUUGAGCAGUGUGAUGAGCAGAAUUGAUAUGAAUGGGCAGGAUAGUAGACAAGUGUGGGAGGACAUUGAAAAUGUAGUGUGUAAGACAGUUGUGGCCAUUGUUCCUGAGGCAAAAGUUGCAAUGCAUAGAUCCAUAGCUCCUGGAAAAUCAGAUCCAACAUAUUUCCAGGUGCUGGGCUUUGACAUCCUUCUCCUGAAUGAUUUAAAACCAAUUCUUUUGGAAAUCAAUGGAAGCCCAAGUCUCUUUAUGGACAGCGAACAAGAGAUUUCUCCAGGAGUAACAAAGUAUGUCCGAAGCACCAAGGAUGAGGAAGUGAAAUUCCCUCUGAUCAGGGAUACCUUACUCCUUGUGAUGUCACCUCAUAAAAGGAAACACUGUGAAAAGAAGAGAAGAAAGAGAAUGAUGCAUUUAAAGAAAUUAAGAUCUUCCCAUGAUUCCCUGAUAGCACGACCAUCUUCUGAAGUGAUGACAUGUAUCCAGACUUAUGAUGAUAAAGAGGUGCAGGAUGUUGAGAAAGGAAAAGAGGAGGUGGAGGACACAAUGAACCAACAAAUGUCAGAUCUCUAUGUGGAUGUAGACUUGCCACAGUUUAUGGAAAACUAUCAUUCAGAAAAUGAACAUGAGCAAGAAAAUGUUAUUGAGGAGGGAGAGCAUCAUGAUCCAUAUGAGGAUGAUGAACCUCACCUGGAGGACAAUUGUUUAAAGCAGUUAUAUCCAGGUUUAUAUAGGGAAGAAUGUGACCAAUUUAGGACUCUGGAGAGAGCAGCAAGGCUCUACAUCAACUUUGUUGGAGUGAGAAAGUCACCUGGAAUGAGUUCAUCUGCUUUCAGAACAUUUGUUAGGAAAUGCGAAUUAAGCAAGAAAGGAUUGACCAAUGCUGCAGUGGAUAUCAUGUACAUAGACUUGCAGCGACGCUGGGACCACAUGAAUCCAGGCUCAUCCACUACAUGUUUGUCCUUCCAAGCCUUCUUAGAUGCAUGCUUUGAAAUAGCAAGAAACAGUUUUUCUGCACCAACUAAGAUUGAAAUGUUAAAUGGAGUUUUGAGUUAUUGUGAAUCUCAACUUCAUCUGAAAGAAAAUGAGACAUGAGUUCUAAUGAACAAUAACAUGUUGUGUGUAUAAGUAGUUAAUCUAUCAGAAAGAUCUUAUCUAUGAUGUUUGCACAGUCAUAACUAAUCAUGUUUUUAUUUUGUUUUGGUUUAUUCAGCUUAAGUGAGCUUUGUCGAUCACCUGUUGUCUGUCUGUCCAUCUGUAAACUUUUCAUGUUAUAAUCUUCUCCAGAACCACUGGGUCAUUGUGAUCUAAACUUGGCAAAAAUCAUUCUUGGGUAAAGGGCUUUUAAGUUUAUUCAUUUCAGGAUCCAUGCCCCCUUGCAGGGUGAGAUAAUUAAAUUAGCAAUUUGUUAAAAUAGGGUAGAGUAAUUAUGUCUUCCCUCCUCCAGGGGAAGACAUAUUGUUUUUGUACUUUCUGUCUGUCUGUCUGUCUGUCACAAAAUCUUGUGAACGCUUUUCCUCCUAUAUGGCUUAGUGGAUAGACUUGAACUUUGUACAAUGCUUCAUUGACAUUUGUAGAUGUGCAUAUUGUUGGGACAGGAGGAUCCAAUUAUUUUCCUAAAAGUUAUAGUGGAUCUAAGAGGGGUGGAAGAUGUAAAAUAGCUUGUGAACACUUCUUGUAUAUGGCUUAUCUUAUAGAUUUGAAACUUUGUACAAUGCUUCAUUACCAUUUGUAAAUGUGCAUAUUGUCAGGACAGGAGGAUCCAGUUACUUUUCUAAAAAAUUAUAGUAGAUCUAAGAAGGGUGGAGGAUGUCAAAUAGCUUGUGAAUGCCUCUCCUCCUACAUGACUUAUUCGAUAGACUUGAAAUUUUAUACAAUACUUCAAUGCCAUUUGCAGAUGUGCAUAUUGUCGGGAUAGGGGGAUCCAAUUGUUAUCCUUAAAGUUAUAGUGGCUCUGAGGGGUGGAGGGUGUAAACUACAUGUAGUUUGUGAACACUUCUCCUAUAUGUACCUGUAUGUGGCUUAUCUGAGUUCAUAAUGCCUAGUUCCUGCUUAUGCGGAAACAACCUACUACGACCGUAAGCGCCAUGCAUAGGUCUUAAUUUGCAGUACCACACCUUGUGCUUAUAGUCGAUUAAAAAGCUCUUGAGAGCUAAUGUUGCUUUAUGUUUUGUAUAUACAUGCAAUGUCGUCUAUAAAGAAAUAUUUCUUAUUAUUUUGUUGAAUAAAAUGCAUUAGAAAUUGA